CCCACGUUACAAUAGGAGUAAGCGGAUAUUGCGGGUUUGUCAUAGAGAAGAAGAGAGAUAAACAAACAAAAGAAAUGUAUAUUCUUAAUCCAUGUUCCAUGAGGGUGGAUUUAAUUGGUACUUAUUGAAUCGGGUUUUCAUCGUCAUAAUCGUUUAGCUGUAAGGUAAACCCCAUAAGGACACAUAGAGGGCCAUAGAUUCACUUAAAGGGUCUGAGAGCUACGUUAGCAUGCAGGCUAGCGGCUAGCUCAGCGUUUACGAUAACCGAGCGAAUAGCUUGACAUGUUUAUUUUAGUACGUGAGGAAGGAGUGCGACACGAUGGCCUGAAGCCCUCACUUGGUUAGCCGCAAGCCACACUUCGCUCCUCCGAAGUUUGGCAUUUAUUUUAAUACAGCUGGACAUCUUGGCGGAACUUUAAACGGAAUCGCUCCGUGAGCUUUUAGCGUCGUCACCAUGGCGUGGGCACUAAAGCUGCCCCUGACGGACGAGGUGAUCGAGUCAGGCUUGGUGCAGGACUUCGAUGCGAGUCUCUCGGGCAUUGGCCAAGAGCUGGGAGCAGGGGCAUACAGUAUGAGCGACGUGCUCGCCCUGCCCAUCUUCAAGCAGGAAGAGUCCAACCUGCCCCCGGAUAAUGAAAACAAGAUCCUGCCCUUCCAGUAUGUUCUGUGUGCAGCUACCUCGCCGGCCAUCAAGCUGCAUGACGAAACACUCACCUACCUCAACCAAGGACAGUCCUAUGAAAUUCGAAUGCUUGACAAUCGGAAAAUCGGGGAGCUUCCUGAAAUCACCAGUAAGAUGGUGAAGAGCAUCAUCCGUGUGGUCUUCCAUGACCGACGGCUGCAGUACACAGAACACCAGCAGCUGGAGGGUUGGCGCUGGAACCGGCCCGGGGACCGCAUCCUGGACCUGGAUAUCCCCAUGUCAGUUGGCAUGAUCGACCCCAGGGCUAACCCUACUCAGCUUAACACUGUGGAGUUCCUUUGGGACCCAUCAAAAAGAACCUCAGUUUUUAUCCAGGUUCACUGCAUCAGCACAGAGUUCACCAUGCGAAAGCACGGAGGGGAGAAAGGCGUGCCUUUCCGGAUCCAGAUCGACACGUUCAAGGAGAACGACAGCAUUGAGUACACUGAGCACCAGCACUCGGCCUCCUGCCAGGUCAAGGUCUUCAAGCCCAAAGGCGCCGACAGGAAGCAGAAGACGGACCGGGAGAAGAUGGAGAAACGGGCGCCACAGGAGAGGGAGAAGUACCAGUCCUCUUACGAAACCACUAUCCUCACAGAGUGCUCUCCCUGGCCUGAGGUGACCUACGUCAGCAACUCCCCGUCUCCUAGCUUCAUCAGCACACACACCACCUUCCCUGUGGUGGUGUCAGAAGGCAACGGAUCGCCCAGUGAGCCUGAGCCGGUUGUCCCGGUGGUAGUAGAACCCCAACCUUUCACUUGUUUUCAACCGUACAACGAUGACAGCAACAAGAACCUGUUGCCCACGGCGACGCCACAGGAUGCCCUGCAAUGGCUCCACAGGAACCGCUUCUCCACCUUCAGCCGCCUCUUCACCAACUUCUCAGGGGCCGACCUGCUGAAGCUCACCAGGGAAGACGUGAUCCAGAUCUGUGGGCCGGCCGACGGGAUCCGGCUGUUCAACGCCAUGAAGGGACGGGUGGUCCGUCCAAGGCUGACGGUGUAUGUGUGCCAGGAGUCCCAGCAGGCCCGGGAACAGCAGCAGCAGAAACACGAGAACGGCGACUCGCCCAACAACACGUUCUUUGUUUAUCACGCCAUCUACCUGGAGGACCUCACUGCCGCCGAGCUCACAGAGAAGAUCGCUCAGCUCUUCAACAUCUCACCCAGACAGAUAAACCAGAUCUUCAAACAAGGUCCCACGGGCAUCCACGUACUGGUCAGCGAUGAGAUGAUCCAGAACUUCCAGGACGAGGUGUGCUUUGUCUUGGACACGAUGAAAGAUGACACGAGCGACGGUUACCACAUCAUACUGAAGUGAACGGUCAACACUGGCGCGGGUAGUCUCUCUCUCUCUCUCUCUCUCUCGUUCUCUUGUUCUCUCUCUCUCUCUCUCUCUCUCCCCCCGCUGGUCUAGGGGCCGGCGCCGGGCCGCCCACUUACCGGGGCGCUGCCGUGAUGGAUCACGUGACUGAAGCGCUUGGUCCCCCCCCCCCCCCCCUGACCUUACUGAAUACCGACGCCCCCGGUCCACGACGCCCCACUGAGGCAGCGCCCGCCACUCUCCUUCUCUUAAUGUGUUGCUUUUACGUUCUCCUCGCGUGGAGGAAGAGAUGAUGUCACGCUAUUCUAUGCUCGCUGGGCGCCUGGUGUGCCAAAGCGCUGUGCUUGAGAAAGGCUGAAGUAAUCUGUCCACCGCUUUCUAUAAAAAGAGAAGAACUUGACCCCUAGGAAUCAUGGCCUCCCCCCCCCCCCCCCCCCCCCCCCCCCCACACUUCUUCCCUCCGCCUCUCUCUGCCUCCUGUACCUGCUGAUCCUCGCCCCCUCAGCCGCUCAGACACACACAUGGCGGUGGAUUGACAAGACAACGCUAACACACAAGGCCAGAUCUCGAUGUUGCGACGCAGGGCGCCAUCAAAGUGGACGUCCUGAGGCAGGGGCAGUGGGUCCUAGUGUUUCUCCAGCUGUCUGAGCUCUGGUGAAACACUGCCUGGCGCCGUGGCCACGGUGGCACUGCACUUAAGUCCCAUCGCUAUCCCUGUGCCGGCGAAGGCUCAAGAUCACAGCGCCUUUGGGCAGUUCAAACCUUAAUUUUACCUUUUAAUGUAUUCAUGACAAAUCGUAUGGACUGUUUUUGUAAUCUUAUUAUUUUAGCAAACCUGGUUCUCUAUCAUCGUAUUGCAUACUCGCAGUAUGUCGUUUGUUUGGCUUGGUGAGGCUGCAUGGUGCAGGUGUGUUUUGUGUUUGAAUGGGUAUUUGAGAGUCCAUUAGCUGUGUCCCAUGCUGGCAUAAUUGAAAUACUUCUUCAUAACAAUGGCUACUGUAUUUUUUGCCCUUUUACUGUUACACUGGAGGUUGGCAUGUCUUAAGGAUAGGUGAUUUAUAAUCUCUCAAUGUCUGCUUUGAAGAGUGGCAAUCUUAUGUCAUGUAAUUUGUGUACAUGCACUUCCCUUUGUUACAUAUAUUUUAGACUCAAACUGCAUUUACCACUGCUGUCAUGGUAGCCAGCUUACUGUCAAGACGUUUUUUUAUUAUUUUAAUUUUCAAACUGCACCGAUGAAGCUUUACACUAUGUUUCAAAUAUAUAAUAAAACAGGCAUGUUUUUGUUAUGA